CGUAUUUUCCUCACUAGCACAUGGAAAUGCAAACCGCUAUCGAACAGUUGCAAGGCGCCAUAUCAAAACUGGCUCUACGUGCUAGCAACGAGACAUGUGGAGUGCAGCAGAAACCACCCCACUACACUUGUCUAACUAAUGUACAAAAGAAACUUUACAAAGCCGCAUGUGACAGUAAAAGACCACAACUUGCUUCAAAAGAAGCAGCAGUCGAAGACAAAAAUGUUCAACAAAUAAUACAAGAGCUGGAACUUUUAUUCACUUCCAAGUCGGAGAAGUGUACUAUCAUCGAAGAAAAAGUAGGCUCCUAUCUGACUGAAUACAAGCAACUUGAAAUGAGAAGAUUAGAACAGGAAGAAAAUAUACAUUCGUUAAAAAAUUAUGAUAUCCACAAGAGCCUCGAAACUGUAACAAGUGAGUGGAAUGAAAGGGAAGAGCAAAUAAGACAAGAGUUGCAGGCCCUUCAGUUCAAGUAUGAGGAACACAUACAGCACAAACGACAUAUAGAAAGGUCUCUUGAAGAAAAAAAAGAACAAAAAGAAAAAGCUGAACAGGAUAGGAUCAGAAUGGAGCAGCUUCAAGAAGAAAUCAAAAACACGCAAGUGGAACUAGAAAGGAUUAGUCAACUUUGUGAACAAGAACAAGAAACUCUUGCAGGAUUAGAGGAUCACAUUGCAGAGAAGUUAGUAUCACUACAAAAUUCAGAACAAUCCAAGGUAUCCGAAAAUGAAGGACAAGAAUAUUUUGCAGAAAAUCUUCAUUUACAACACAUCUGCCGUGAACUUCGCAGCACCAUAUUGGAACGUAAAGAGAGAAAGAAGGAAAUUAUUCAAAAAGAUCCGAAUCUUCAAAAUCUUCUAAGAACCAUCAAUCAGGAGGUCGUUCAGUCUUCUCAGCACGAACACUUGAUAGAAAUGUUAGAGAAACGCUGCUCAGUUCUAAAUAUAUUACUUCAGAAGGUUAUUUCGCAGUAUGCCUUGGAUGGCAACCUUUAUGCGGCAACUAUUCAGUUGCUAUUAGAUAACGACGGAUCAAUGCCUCUGGAAAAUUUAAAAGAACAACUUUUGUCCAGUCAAAACUGCUCAGUCGAAGAAGAAAAGAGUAGGAAACGUUCUCAGAUACUUCAAGUGAUAUACACUUUGGUUGCCAACUCUCUAGUCUCGAUCAACCGAAGUCAGGCGAAUAAUCCCGUGAGCCUUACAUUUUCCGUGGACUUGAGUUGAACCACAGAGAUAGGACUUUCAUCAUUCAAGUUUUUUGGUU